AUGGGGGGGAUCAACCCCGGGAUCGGGAUCAGCCCCGGGAUCAGUCCCGGGAUCGGGGGGAGAGGGGGACACGCCGGGAUCCGGAUCAGCACCGGGAUGGGGAGGGAACAUCCCCGGAUCGGGGGGAGACAACCGGGAUCGGGGUCAGCCCCGGGAUCGGGAUCAGACUCGGGAUCAGUCCCGGGCAGGGGCGGAGAGUGGUACACGCCGGGAUCCGGAUCAGCACCGGGAUGGGGAGGGAACAUCCCCGGAUCGGGGGGAGACAACCGGGAUCGGGGUCAGCCCCGGGGAUAUCGGGAUCAGCGCCGGGAAUGGGGGAAGGAAAGCCCCGGGAUCGGGAUCAGCUCCGGGAUCGGGGGGACACCCCGGGAUCGGGAUCAGCCCCCGGAUCAGCCCCGGGAAUGGGGGGAACACGCCGGGAUCGGGGUCAGCCCCAGGAUCGGGAUCAGCCCCCGGAUCAGCCCCCGGAUCAGCCCCGGGAAUGGGGGGAACACCCCCGGGAAUGGGGGGAACACGCCGGGAUCGGGGUCAGCCCCAGGAUCGGGAUCAGCCCCCGGAUCAGCCCCCGGAUCAGGGGAUUUGGGGACAGCAAAAAGCGCGGGGUUGGUCCCACCCACCCCCAACUUCACCUGGGGACCCUAA